AUCGAUUAAUAUCGAUAUGGUUUGUGGAUCUACCGGUUAAUAUCUGAACUGUGAUAAUGAAGGAAAUGGUUUUAAAUACCUCUGAUAAAAAGGAAAAAGAAAGCAAGCUACUUAACACUGGGCUAAACUCGAAGGUUUUGGACAUUAUUAUCAGAUUGAUUGAAACUGGAAUACAUCCUCGGGCGCUAUCUGAAGUUGUUUACAAAAUGAAGCAAACAUUGAAAGCCAGUUACGUUAACAAAAACAUGGUUGAAUAAUAGAACGAAUUCCAUUAAAUGCAAUAUCGUUUUGAUUAUCAGCAAAAUUUAAUAUCGCACAAGAUAAAAAUGCACAAAUGGUUGCAAGUACUUGGAUUCAAAAUCUUUCGUUCAGAAUAAAUUGCAGUAUGGAAAUAGUUGUUUCAUUUACUGUUCUUGUUGUAAUCGCAAAGAUAA